AUGGCCUAUACCACACUAUGGAAACGACUUUCGCCGCGUCAGCUGAAUGCUGCCAUCCACAUAUUUUCGCUAAUCUCGAUUUUCUUCGAGGGAUAUGACCAGGGUGUGAUGGGUGGCGUUAACAGCUCACCGAAAUAUGUGACAGAGGUUGGCAUCGGCAAACCCGAUGGGACAGUCACCAACACCACCCACCAGGGUGGCAUCGUCAGCAUCUAUUACCUAGGCGCGAUAUUCGGUUGUUUUGCCGGCGGGUGGCUUGCAGAUCGAGUUGGUCGGAUCAACGGCCUACUCGCUGGAUCAUUAUUUGCAUUGGUCGGGGGCGCCCUGCAGGCGGGUGCGCAGGAUUCGAACUUCAUGCUGUGUGCCAGAGUGGUCACGGGGAUCGGGACCGGGGCCUUGACUGGCAUUACCCCAGUGUUAGUGUCGGAAACUUCUUCCGCGGACCAUCGAGGUGGCUUCCUAGGAUAUGUUUUUAUUGCAAAUUAUCUAGGAAUCUCCGUCGCAUACUGGAUCUCCUUCGGCCUCGCUUUCCUCGAUAACGGUUACUCGGACGUACGAUGGCGCUUCCUUCUCGCAUUCCAGUGCUUCCCGGCAAUUAUUCUAGUUGCCUUCAUAAAAAUGUUGCCGGAUAGCCCCCGCUAUUUGGCCUCUGUGGGGCGGAAUGAUGAAGCUCGAGAUAUUUUGAACCGUAUUCGCAAAGACCGGGCCUCCCAAGACGAUAUCGACCAAGAAUAUCUCGAGAUUAUAACGAUUGCGCGUGGAAGUAAGCGCAGCUCGCCCAUUGAGUUUGUGAAGAUCUUAUUUGGAAAGGGUGGGAAACCGGGGCUGAAUCUCGGCCGACGAGCUUGGUUGUGUGUUUGGCUUCAAAUUAUGGCGUCCUGGACGGGUAUUACGGCUGUUACUGCAUAUUCCCCGACACUGCUUGCUCAGGCCGGUUAUGGUGAUAUAAAGCAAAACGGUCUUGCUGGGGGAAUUAACACGAUUGGAAUUAUAGGUAAUAUUAUCAGUGCUCAAAUUAUUGACCGCUUAGGCCGACGGGUUUGUUUGAUGGGCGGAGCAGCUGUCUUAUUCGCAGUCAACCUUAUUGCCGGAGCUGUUUAUGAAGGCUCGCUGCAUCACCCUGAAAAGGCAUCUCAAUAUGCGCCUGGUGCUGUGACUAUGCUCUUUUUGUUCAACUUGGGUUACGCCGCCACUUGGGGCACGGUUGCUUUCUUGGUCCCCACUGAGAUCUUCCCUAGUGAUCUGCGAGCUCAAGGAAAUGGAUUCGGAAUCACCGGGUGGGCCAUUGGAGUGGGUAUGACCACUUUAGUCAACCCUAUCAUGUUUGAUGUUAUGACUAGCCGUACAUACUUUUUGUUUGCUGGCCUUAACCUCAUCUGGAUCCCGAUCGUCUAUCUAUUCUAUCCAGAAACUCGCAACCGGUCUCUUGAGUCGAUUGACGCUCUUUUCUCGACCUCCAGUCCAUUUUAUUGGAAGAUGGAACAGGCCUAUAAGCUCCAUGGUGAUGUCCUCACCGAGCACGGCGUCAACAGGAGCGAAGCUCUUGGUAGCAAGACAGAACUGAGUGCCGAGCUGACAACUUCUCCAGCUAAACUUGCAGCUGUCUAA